CCUGGAUUAUAAUCGAUUGAUUGCCCAAACACCGUCCAUUGUGAAAGGAACCCAACAUUUUGUUCUUGAAAUACCACGCAAAAAUGAUUCCUAUUUCCCUAGACCAAGCAGCCCGGGAAAUUGCGGACUGGGCCGCCUAUGGCGCUCAAGAAACACUGGACGAAACCGGAAACUUUUCGGCCAUCAAUCCGGUCAUGGGUAGAAUGAACUGUGUGGUUGUCUCCAUCGCGGCGCUUUUAGGGUUUAAUGCUGUCUCCUUUUGCCAAAUGGUCGGCAUCGAGCAUCCUGAAAAUGGAUACACUGAGGAGCAGUUCCAAGGCCUCUUGGAAUCGAUACAUUCAUUUUUCGGGCCUCGCCUGCAGAUGUGCAAAAUGGACUCUCUCGCAGAGCCGGAGCAAGGUCGUCGCGGCAAAAUAGCUUUUUUAUCGUGGGAUUCUGAAAAGCCUCCGCACCGACAAAUUCGCCACGCCGUUGUUUAUGCUGGAAACAGGUUUAGGGACUACCAACGCGACAGUGACGGAAGGGAUGUGUCGGAUAUGCUUCGUGAAAAAAGAGCGGAGCUUGACUUCUGUUAUUCUAUUGUGAUUGAUCAAUGUUAUAUUCCAAACAUCGCAGGAAGAACAAACAACAAUCCACAGGUAUCACCCAAGGUACCUGAGCAGGCGGCAAUAAUUCUCAGAGCAUUGGUUGAUCUUCAAGCCCAGUUAAGCUGGCUUGAAGACCGUUACUACAUUUUUGAGCGAUAUCUGAAUAUCUUUGUGCAGACAAACGCCAAAAUUCAAAAUAAUAUUUCUGUCAAUGAAAUGGAACAGGGAUAUUUUUGCUCCGCUCUUGACGAAUCCGUGUGUGCAAUAAAAGCUACGGUGGACGAAAUGCCUGAUCUUGAACCCUAUUAUAGGUUUUUUGAUCGCGAUUUGUCAUACGUCCUUGAGGAUGAGAAUAACCCUCCGGGCUGGGGCCCAGUUGAGAAUCCCUGGGAGGGAAAAACCACCAGUGCAAUGGCACUAAAUAAUAGGUUCCAGGUUUCUAGAGAGCAAUACAGAGUGAUCUCCAAUCCCGGAAUAGAUAACUAUCCAUCGCGAGUGGUCGAAGCAACAAGGUAUAUGUACCGUACACUGACUGUUUCUAUUCGUCCAGUCGCUUCCGAAAUACAUUGGAAAUUGGAUACUUUCUUAUAGCUACCAGUUGGCGGCCGUGGGACCGUGUAGGUCGUACGACCACGGUUGCAGCAUCUACCUGGCCAGGCGCCUAUGACCUCGCGCUCCUGGUGGUACACCACAGAGUCUGCGUCCCCAAUAAUACUACCGGAGUCGUCCACACCUCCACCGUUUAUGAUCAUGCUGACGACUGGCUGAUAUUGAUUUAAAGGCCCGGGUCCAUAAUCUGCAGUAAACCAUAGUGAUAUCCAUUGCUCAAGGACAGAGCCAUCAACGGUAUUAUCGGAAGCCUUAGAUACCUUUUCUGGGGUUAUACUCGCAAGAUUGGAUUUAAGGCUCUCUUAGAGGGAGUCCAUGGCUUAGUUAAGAAGUCGACGGAUUUGAUAUGUCUCGCAGAAUAUCACUAAAUCUAUAACGACGUCAGGGUCGAUAUCUUUUCCUAAAAUUAAUGGGUGGGUAUACAGCCAGAGAAAAUAUUCAUUGAAUGUCUCUACCUGAGCUUCUGGGAGGUGUAUUGUCUCAUCUGAUCCAACGAGCACCUUAAAUCACUCGCUUUGGACCGCACCAGGCAUAAUAGCAGGGAACGGCCG